AUGCUCACUAUUAUAACCGGAAGUGAAAGAAAGAAGGGUGAAAUCAAGAAAUACAUAGACGGCAGAGUCGAAUACAAAUUUAUCAGCCAUGACCUGGAAGAGAUCCAGGGAAGCGCUCAGGAGAUAAUAAAGAACAAAGUGUAUGCAGCAUAUGAAAUAGUCAAAGGCCCUGUGGUGGUGGAAGACUAUUCUCUGUACAUUGACUUGCUGUGCGGGUUUCCUGGCCCGUACGUUAAGUCGCUGCUGCUAAACGGCGAGCUAGGAGAGAUAGUUAGCAAUCUUUCUCCAUUGGGGAAGAUAUCCUGUACUGCCGAGUGUCUGUACGGCUACAUCGAUAAGAACAAUAAGUACCACUUGUUCUCAACCAAGGAACAGGGAUAUUUGAUGCCAUCGAAGGAAAACACAUCUGGUCUGUUUGGUGUAGAUAUGCUGCUGGUGCCGAAGGGAGCAGACAAGCCGUUCUUCUACCUCACAGAGCAGGAGAAAGACGAAAGGUCCAUCAGAAGAAAAACAAUAAACAAACUAAUAGAACACCUACAGAACGAGGAGUAG